GAGGAAAGCAAAAGGCCGCUUUAUCGUCUGCGCAGCAGCAGCAGCAGCAGCAGCAGCAGCAGAUUGUGGGUGUGGGGAUGGAGGAUAUCGAUGCUGCUGGGAUCGCCUCUUGGGACACGAUCCCAGCGCAUGCAAAGGAAGCCUUUUGGGGCUUGCUGCAGCCUCGGCUGGCCAAGGCCUUCGCUGCAGCAGUUGCUGCUUGCCAAGCUUCCGUGCUGCAGCAGCAGCAGCAAAAAGCAGCAGCCGAGGGAGAGCUGCUACAGCAGCGAUAUGAGCUGCUGUGUCUCGGCUUGAAAGCUCUCGAGGAGCAGCAGCAGCAGCAGCAGCAGAAGCCAAGUCCGCUGGCAGCAUAUCUUUUCAAGUCUCUCGUCUUUGAAAUCAUCGACAAACUUAUUGUUACAGCAUUCAGACACGCCAACG